GCCUCCGCCUUCUGGGGAGACACGGCGGCAUCAGUUCCUCAGCUACUAUAUGGAGAGAAGCUGGAUUAUUUGGUUUUUGAUUAUCUCUCGGAGAUAACUAUGUGCCUCCUAACUGCUGCCAAAGUAAAAUCAUCUGAUUUGGGCUAUGUUCCUGAUUUUGUACAGACUGCCAUGGCUCCAUAUAUAAAGGACAUUCAUAAAAAAGGCGUGCGUGUGGUCAGCAAUGCCGGGGGUACCAACCCUCUCGUGUGUGCUGCUGCCCUGGACAAGAUGGCCAGGAAGGCUGGUGUUGAUUUGAAAAUAGCAGUGGUCACUGGAGAUGACAUCCUGGGAGAGAAGGAGGCUUUGCAAGGAUCCACUAUCACAGAUAUGGAGAGUGGGAAGAAAUUUCCAGACACCAUUGAAAGCAUGAAUGUGUACCUAGGAGCAAGACCCAUAAGCAGGGCCCUGGACCUCGGUGCCGACAUCGUUCUGACGGGGCGCUGCGUGGACAGUGCUCUCGUGCUGGGACCCCUCAUUCACGAGUUUGGUUGGAAAAGCAAUGACUUUGACUUAUUAGCUGCUGGAAGCCUUGCAGGCCAUCUCAUUGAAUGUGGUGCUCAGAGUACUGGUGGAAUAUUCACAGACUGGCAUUUGGUACCAGACUGGCACAAUAUAGGAUUCCCCGUACUGGAAUGUUUUCCUGAUGGGCAGUUCAUCCUCUCCAAGCCUCCUGGCACCGGGGGAUUGGUCUCCUUCGGUACAGUGGCUGAGCAGCUAGUGUAUGAGAUUGGUGAUCCGCAGCGUUUUCUUUUACCUGACGUCACUUGUGACUUUUCUCAAGUCUCUCUGACUGAAAUUCCAGGUGUUGAAGGUGGAGCGGUGCGGGUCCAAGGAGCAAAGGGGUCGCUUCCUUCUUCCUUUUAUAAGGUAAGCGCUUCUUAUCACGAUGGUUUCAGAGCCACUGCUGUCUGCCCAAUGGGAGGGCCAAAGGCAACUGAAAAGGCAAGGAGAACAGCUGAAAGUAUUUUGAAAAGAACUCGUCUUAUGUUUGAAAAAGCUGGCUUAGGAGAUUAUAGUGAAGUUCACAUACAAAUUUUAGGAUCUGAAGAAACAUAUGGAGCACAAGCUAAAGCAAAUGUAAAUGGAGGUCCGCGAGAAGUAGUUCUUUGGUUUUCGGUACAUCACAAAGAGAAGAAGGCACUGGAAAUUUUUUCAAGAGAAAUUGCACCAGCAGGGACUGGAAUGGCACCUGGUCUGAUGGGAGUGGUUGGAGGUCGUCCAAAAGUAUCUCCUGUUCUAAAACCAUUUUUCUUCCUGUAUCCCAAAAAAAAGGUUAAGAUUGAUAUCCACCUGAUUAAUGGAGAGCAUAUUGAACCCUUCCAUGAAGAUCUCACCUUUACACAGGACACAUUGGCUUCACCAGAUUUACCCAAGAUAGCUGAUGACCUAAAAGAUCUACCAAGUGGCUCACGGACAUAUCGCUUAGAAGAUCUGGCCUACACAAGAAGUGGGGACAAAGGCAACUCUGCAAAUAUAGGCAUCAUAGCACGGCACCCUCUCUACUACCCAUACUUAAAAAAAUUUCUAACUGCUCAAGCCAUAGAAGAUUAUUUCCAACAUAUUCUGCAUAAAAAACAACCUGGAGAAAAUUUGGUGACAAGAUAUGAUUUGCCAGGGAUAUAUGCGUUAAACUUCGUUUUAAAAAAUUCUCUCGGUGGUGGAGGCACUGCCUCCCUGAGAAGUGACCCACAGGGCAAAGCACUUGGACAGAUGGUACUGGACAUCCAGAUAAAAGAUGUUCCUGAUUUAAAGUCAUUAGUAGGUGGCUGAAAGAGUGCCUGCUUUGGGAAACCUAUUCUUAGUACAAAUGCAAAAUUGAAUAGGAGAUAAAAGAAUAUAGAAAAUAUGCAUUGAAGCACACACCAGCUAGGUAAAUUGAAUGCCAGCAUUAAAAAUGUGGUGACUAUAAGGAAGAAGAGAAUAGGUGAUUUAAAAAAUAUAUAGAACAGAUAUAUCCUUUAGGCAUUUGAUGAUGUUCUUUUUUCUGUCAAGCAACUACUUUAAAAACUUGGUAAAUUGUGAUUUAAUGAUAUAUUCACUUUUAGAUUAUCUCUGAUCCCCAAUUCCAAGCUGGGAUAAUCUUGUUAUGUGUUUGAAGAGCAUCUUUCUCUCCUUUUAAAUAUUUUAAAAAAUCUUAUUACCUAUUCUAAACAAUUUUUAUGCAUAAGCAUACAAAUUAAGUUCAGGUUCAAAGAAGCAGUCUAUUAAUUAGUUCGAAAAUUUUAACACAUUUGCAGUAUUCUCACACUGAAUUGGGAAAAAUAGAAAAUAUCUGAAUAUUUUAUCCUCGGUAGGAAAACGUUUGAAAAAUUAAUGACACAAUGUCCUAAUACUUUGAACUCAAAUUAAAUUCAAAGUUUGCUAUGCAACUAAUUUUCAAAUGUUAGUCCAGGUGACUUUUAACCACUUUUAAUUAACAAUCAUUAUUUUAUGUUCCAUGGUAAAUAGUAUGGUGAUGAUUUUGCAGUGCGUUGAUAUAAUAAAAAUUGUGAUUAUGGUUUUUAAUGAA